CCGGCAGCAAGUGACGUCGAGUCCAUGCGCGAACCGCGGCCCUUGUAGUGGUGAACUUCACUCAUCCUCAGUUGUGGUUAUUUAUGUGCUUACUACAUAUUUACAAGUGCAGACUUUAGAGCUUGGCAUCUGCGUGUUACGCAACGGAUGAAUGCGCGCGCAGGCGUGAGAAGAGACUAAAGGGUGCCGCUUGAAUUACUCCAAGCCAUGACUGACAGGCGCGUUUAAUACCUCGAAUACGGCGAGAGACGCUCUACUCCAACCGAGGGAAUGUCAGUCAUGGCAACUUCAACAAAUGUCAACGAGAAAACACAGGGUCGGGCCAAGCGCUUCAUUGGCGGCGUGGUCGAAGGAUUUUAUGGACGACCCUGGACGAUGGAGCAAAGAACAGAACUCUUCAAAAGGGAACAGAAGUGGGAUUUGAAUACCUACCUGUACGCCCCUAAGGAUGACUACAAACACCGCAUGUACUGGCGAGAUCUUUAUUCCUCUGAGGAGGCAGUGCAACUUAUAGCCCUGAUAUCAGCAGCAAGGCAGCACAACAUUGACUUUAUCUAUGCAAUCUCUCCCGGCCUGGACAUCACUUUUUCCAACCCCAAAGAGGUGGCUGCUCUUAAGAGGAAACUGGAUCAGGUUAGGGACUUUGGCUGCUGCUCCUUCUCAUUACUGUUUGAUGACAUUGAGGCGGACAUGUGCCCUGCUGACAAGCAGGCCUUUAGCUCUUUCGCCCACGCACAGGUGGCCAUCACCAAUGAGGUGUACCAGCAUUUGCGAGAACCAGAGACCUUCCUCUUCUGUCCCACAGACUAUUGCGCAGCAUUCUGCACCCCAAACGUGUCGCAGUCGUCUUACCUUCGCACUGUGGGAGACAAGCUGCUGCCGGGGAUAGACGUGUUGUGGACAGGUCCAAAGGUGGUAUCCCAUAAAAUCUCAGUGGAAUCCAUAGAAGAGGUGUCUUCCAUCCUCAAGAGGGCGCCAGUCAUUUGGGACAAUAUACAUGCCAACGACUAUGACCCACAAAGAAUUUUCAUGGGACCAUAUAAGGAUCGUCCAACAGAACUAAUCCCCAAACUGAGAGGUGUGCUCACUAAUCCCAACUGUGAGUUUUAUCCCAAUUUUGUGGCCAUCCAUACCUUGGCUACGUGGUGCAAAGCUUCUCCUGAUGGCGCAGCCAGGGAUGUAGAAAUGGGCGAUGAAGAGCAGGACCCUUGCUAUAGCCCCCACAAAGCCCUGAUGCUGGCCCUCACUGACUGGCUAGAGGAAUUUAUGAGCACAGAUCAGCCUACAGCUUGCUUAAAGAAGGAGCCUUCUGAAGAGGAGCCCAUGCAGACAGACCUGGGAGAACACUCGUAUGUACCCGGGCCGGGAGAGAACCCACUUUACACAGCCGAGCCACUGACCCUGGACGAUCUGAAGCUGCUAUCCGACCUUUUCUACCUGCCUUAUGAAUAUGGCUCCACAGCAAAGACCAUGCUGCAUGAGCUGAACUGGCUCAAAAGCCACAGUCAAGCUGCCGCCGUCGAUACGGACCAGACUGCUGAGUGGCGCUCGAGAGCACGCCAGUUCGACGAUAUGUGCGAAGCGGUGGUGCGCAUGUUCAACCGCUUGUCCAACGCGCCCAAUCGCAGGAUUCUGUAUGACCUCUAUAACUACAUCUGUGACAUCAAGAGCGGCGUCCAUCUGGCUCAAGCCUACGUCAAAUCACUGGGAGGGCUUGGCAAACCAUCGGCCCAGCUAAUGGGUGCUGAUCCUGAACCGUGGGGCUUCAGAGGAGGACUCUCAGGAGAAUUUCAGAGAAUGCUGCCGGGCCAUGGAAACAGAGACCUGUUCAAACAUCCGCCCAAGACAGCGGUGUACUGCAUACGGCCUUACUGUGCUGAGGAUAAGAUGGACAUCCCGAGAAUUUUCACAAACAUGCAACAAGAAAGACGGAUAAUGACAGAUGCCCCUCUUAUUAGUGAUCUCCUGUCAACAGGUGAAAUACCCCCAAGCCCUCAAUGCGCGCUUGUCCUGGAGGAUGACAUGGGGCCAUGCGGCUACAUGCUGGCGCUUAUGGAUGCCAAAGCAGCUGCAGCCUCCGUUCAGAAGGACACACGUGAUCGUGUAUUUGAGGACUUCCCUUCAUUAAUCACUGGACAAGUGCUGCCGAGGGUCACCGACCCCUCUCCGGCGAAGCGUAUGAUUGCACAACUGUUGUCCACCAUCAAGAGCUGUGGUUCAAAAGGAGUGUUCUGCGAGUUGAGACACAGUGACCGGAGGAUGCUCGACUUCUACACCAAAAGUAGCUCCUUCCAACCCCUCAAAAUGGACGGUCUCCCUCCAGAUGUUAUCGCCAUGGGAACAGGCCUCUAAUUUCAAAUUGCUUAAGAAAAUUGUGAUGUUUAGAGAAAUUGGUGCAAAUACCAAUCACAACCAAUCAUUGUUUACUAGCAGUCACCUACUGCUAUGAAAAUCGCAUUUGCUUAAUCAGCUCUAUAAUUGCAGACGCAAUGUCAUUUUUUUAAUUUUCAGCACAAUAAGUGUGAAUCUAUUUGUCGGAUGGUGACUGUUUGGUGGACUCAUCAGUCCUUCAAUUUUAGUACACCCUCAGAUUGUUCCUAUUGGCAAUGCACAGCUUGUAAUUUUCAAGUUUUUUAUUUUUUGCUUCUUACUCUGCAUUAAAAAACUCUAUUUGCCAUUAGUGUAAAA